AUGUCGUCCUCGCUGGUCCAAGACCGCGAGCACCACAACGGCCCCGACAAAGCUGACGACGUCCGCUCCCUCGCCCAGCGCUCCCUCGACCGCCUCGUCGCCCCCUCGUCGCGCCGCCGCGCAUACGACUCUGCAUCCUCGCUCGCUGCCGCGCGGCCCGUCCUCUUUUCCUUUGCCCUCUCGCAGCUCCUCUUCUCCUUCCUCCCCCUCCUCCUCUUCGCCGCCUUCGCCGCCAGCACCGUCAUCUUCGCCCUCGGUGCCGCCAUCUUCUUCGCCCUCUUCUGGAUCGGCAUCGCCCUCCUCCUCCUCGUCCCCGCCCUGCUCGUCGUCUCCUCCAUCGCCCUCCUCGUCUGGGGCUGGGCUCUCGGCAGCUUCCUCAUUGCCCGUUGGCUCUACGCCCAUGCCCCCGUCGCCGCCAACGGCCGUGUCGACGUCGACGUCGCCGGCAGACAUAUGGACGUGGUCAAGAAUGAGAACGGUGUCGACGGCAACAUCAGUGACAAGCACUAG